AUGUCCGAAUCUAAUAACAUUAUCAAGUUAUUUAUACUUAGACAUGGUCAAAGUGAAUUAAAUCAUGAGAAUAUCUUUUGUGGAUGGAUCGAUGCAAAAUUAACACAGCAAGGGAUGGAUCAGGCAAGGAGUUCUGCUAAGUUGAUUAAGCAAUAUCUGCAAAAGGAAAACAUAAAAGUUCCAACAAUUGGAUUCACUAGUAGAUUGACAAGAACAAAGCAAACCUUGGAUACAAUGCUGGAAGAGUUGGGGCAAUCUGAGAAGAAACAAGUAAAUGUUUUGGUUGAUAAUACUGAUGGUGAGAAACAAUUAGAUAAAAAACAUCCGUUUCAGGUUAUUCGAGUUGAUUCUAACACCGCUAGUGAUAACAACAAGAACUUUCAAAUUUAUCGCAGUUGGAGACUAAACGAAAGGCACUACGGUUCAUGGCAGGGUCAAAGGAAACCUAAGAUAUUGAAUGAAUACGGGAAGGAAAAAUAUAUGUUCAUAAGAAGAGAUUAUAAUGGUAAGCCACCUGUUGUGGAUUUGAACAAGGAGAUGGAAAAUGAAGACCCAGCAGCUGCCGCCGCUAGUAUUGUGGAGGAGGGUGAGGAGGAGUAUGCUUUCAAGGAACCUAAUAGGAAAUUAAAAUACGAUAUAGAAUAUAAAUAUGGAGAUAUAACUACGUUACCUGACAGUGAAUCAUUAAGUGAUGUUGUAGAGAGAUUAAAGCCAUUAAUUUAUGAAUUUAUCUUGCCCCGUAUUAAAGAUACCGACAAUAAAAGUGGCAUUAUUGUUGGCCAUGGAAGUAGUGUUAGAUCUAUUUUGAAGAUAUUGUGUGACAUUUCAGAUGAUGAUAUUAAAGAUGUGAACAUUCCAAACGGAAUUCCUUUAGUUUUGGAAUUACAAGAAGUCCGUGGCACUAGUAAUGAAAAGAGUUUUAAAUUUCUAAAUAAAUUUUAUUUAGAUCCCGAGUUGGCAAAAGUUAAUGCGGAAAAAGUCAAAAAUGAGGGUUUUCAAAAAGGACAGUGA